UGUAUCUUGAUCAAUAAUAAAUUUGUUAUAAAGAUCAUUCUCUGGCAGCCAUUCGUUCUGAUUUUGACUUUAAAAAUAGGCACCAAAGUCAUGGACGAGACUUCCGAGCACGUGCGCUACGGUUUCCCUCUGAGCAAAUCGACUCCCAAUUUUCUUCUAAAUAGAAAUUCAUUCUACGAUCAUAAGCACUCACAAUUGUCAUCAAUGGCUGGAUCAAUACCAUUUUGGAUCGCUCUCAUAGCGAGUUUCUCUGUUUUUCUUCAAGGAGUGAAAGUGAAGGCAACAACAUUUGAGAUCACAAACAAAUGCCCCUACACGGUUUGGGCAGCAGCGUUCCCAGGUGGAGGGAAACAACUGGCACAAGGGCAGUCAUGGAGCGUCCAACCUGACGCUGGAACAUCCACGGGCAGAAUAUGGGGACGAACGGACUGUUCCUUCGACGGCAGCGGUCGGGGCACCUGCCAAAGCGGUGACUGCAACGGCACGCUCAACUGCCAAGGCGAUGGCUCGGCGCCAGUCACUCUGGUUGAAUAUACCCUCAAUCCUUCCAUGAAUCUGGACUUUUACGACAUCUCUCUCUUGGAUGGCUUCAAUCUGCCUCUUUCCAUCACUCCCACUUCCACAAACCCUAAUUGCAAGGGGAUAAUUACAUGCCUGAGUGACAUUAAUUCGCAGUGCCCUAACGAGCUCAAGGUGAGCGGAGGAUGCCUAAGCGCCUGCGUCAAAUAUAAUACGGACGAUCACUGCUGCAGAGGUGCUAACUGUAACCAGACCCUUUAUUCCAGGUUUUUUAAGGAACAAUGCCCCCAGGCCUACAGCUACGCCAAGGAUGACGUCACCAGCGCGUUUACUUGCCCCAGCGGAACUGACUAUAAAAUCGUCUUUUGCGGUAGAAGUGAUCACAUUUUCGCUCUCUACUUAUAUAUAACCAUAAAUAAUGAGGAAUAAGAUUCACUGCGCUGCGCAUCGUGCGCUUGAGCUCUGUGUUACUCAAUUUUCAAAGAUGUUUAGCCGAUAGGCUAAAUUUUGUAGCAGAUUUCAGCCAGUUAGUUGUCUCGUGCCGGAAAAAACUACUUUCGAGGAGUUGAAUUGUUCUUUGCCUGAACAAAUUUGAACUGGCGACAUAUUUUUUGGUUAGAAGGCUGCAAAAAUCUUAAAAAUUUUGUCUCGGGUUCAAGAAUCUAAUUGUUGCUCUAAAACCCCGAUGUAUUUAGAUCUACUCUCUGUUCGUAUAGGCAAAUUGGUUUUGGUUCGCCUCAUUUAUCGAAAACUCUGCUUUGUUAGGGUUUCAUAA